CAAACGAAAUAAAUGUAAAAUGCUGCUGUGGAUUUCAUAAAGCUCAACAGGUUUAUUUCGGCAUACUUCAAAGAUUCGAGUACAAUUAUUUGAUUUCUGACAAUUCGACUGAAAAAUAAGGGAGAAUGUUACUGUCGCGGGAAGCCUCCCUCAGAAAGCAAAAAUAAGGAUUACGAGUACAACUCAGCUCGCUCAGAGUGUAAGCACAAUGCCGGAGGCACGUCUUGAAUGCAUUAAAUAUGACAUAGCGACGCAAAAGUGUCAAAAUGAAACGAAAGGUCCAAAAUCAUCAUCGCUCUAUGCGAGUCUUGAACAAAAGAAUCGCUGGAACAGAGUCAGCGAUAUUUCUUACAACUAUAUACCACUGCAAAAUCAGAACAUCAACUAUAUAGUGCCAGCAGCAGUAGCAACAACAACGACAACAUCUCCAAUUGUUUCAGUAAAAACAGCAACGCCACCCAGUAAAUUACCAGCCCGACCAGAGAGUAAUAUAAAUAAGCGACCAAAUCGCACCGGCAACAGUCGCGUGCUCUAUUGUUGCUGUAUGCGUAAUUCCACAGCGACAAUACAAAACGAAGCCAUAAACAGCAGCAGCAGCAACAACAAUAACAACGAAGGCGACAACGACAGCAAUUGCGUCGAGAAUUGGCAACUACGCGAGCAACUUAUAUGGGACAGCAGUAGCAGCAGUAGGCAGGCAACAGAAGCCACAACAACAACAGCAACAACACACCCAACAACAGCUGCAGCCAAGAAUAGCAACCGACGCGCAACAUUGCUGCCAACCUUGGCUGGGCGGCAUGUUGCCGAAACGAAAUUGUCCAGCUCGCUGCCAGCAACACCGCAGUUAAGCCAAUUGCGACGAGGAGUGCGUUAUAAGAAAUUAUCUUGGACCGAAGAGUACGAUAAGAGUCGCGUCCGAAACGCUAGCGAAACGCCUCCAACACAAUUAAUGCUAAAAAACGCGUCGCCAAUGCUGUUAAGACAGCACGCGCCACAAACGACAAAUGUGACGAGCAACAGCCACAACAAACACAACAAUAGCCAUAAAAACCACCACAACAAUAAUAACAACAACAACAACGAUGAAGAUUAUGAUCCGUUGUCCAGCUGCUUUGCGCGCAUGCCAAAGCAACAGCUGCAACAACAACAACACCAUCAGCAGCAACAACAACAGAGCCAGCAACAAGUUGGCAGCGCCAAGUUAAACGCAAAUGCCGCCAUUGCUGGGCAACAGCAGCCGCCAUUUGGGUCGCAUACGGAUUCAGAUUCAGUCUCCGAUUUGUCGUCGUAUCGUUUUGUCUCCGUUGAAGAAGAAGCAAAUUUCGGCACGCGCGUUUUCGUCGAUGCUAAUGAUGCCCAUGAUGAUGAUAUCAACGAUGAUGAUGAUGAUGACGUUGACGUUGCGUCGCAGCCGGUUAUAGAAAUAGAACAACAGCAGCCAAAAACAUCAGCCACUGGCGCAACAACAGCAGCGAGAAAAGCCUUAAAAGCAAAAACGCUUGGAAAAACGUCAUACGCCUCAUCGCCUUCAGCGUCGGCAUCAACUUCUGCUUCUGCUUCUGCGGCAUUGUCGCUGUCACCCACAACACGCGACGUGUCGCCAACAAUUUGUUGUUAUACAAUUGACAAAUCAACACAGCGGCCACAGAAACAGCAACAGAAGGAACAGCAGCAACAGCAACAACAACAACAGCAACCAAAACGACCAACAACGUUGCAUUAUAAAGCUUUAGCCACAGUUAGCUAUAGGCCUUACGCUCAAGAGCCCAGCGGCCACAGCAAGAACGGCAGCAGUUCCAGCAGCAACAGCAACAAUUGCGCCUAUCGCCGCUAUCCGCCGCCGGUGCCACCCAAGCCUCGCAUAUGCUUUGAAGUGACCGCCAGCAGUGGCGCAGAGCAAGACGCUGAGCCCGCCCUAAAGACACGUCGCCUGGCGCAUCAGCAACAUGCCACACAGCAGCGUCUGCCAGCAGUUCCUUAUCCCCUUAGUUAUCCGCCGCCCCUCAAAUCGUUGUCUCCCACACUAACAACAACAACGGCAACACCCACAGAUGACAGCUGUUCUAUUUCGGCUGCCCAAAACUAUUACGCCUUUGAUGGCCUUAACAACAACAGGAACAAGAACAACAACAACAGCAUCGUUUAUGAUUGUACAUUCGAGGAUACAUUCAAUUCGUUGCCCGCUCCUCUGCGCACGCUGCGCUACGAUCGUCAUGGACGCCUAAAACCGCAUACGUUGGUAACGGAAGCGGAAAUACCUAACAAAUCGCAAAGUGAAACGCGUCUGCAUUCUGUGGCAGCUGCCUGGAAAAGUGAACCGCUUACGACACGCAUUUGUGUGGCAAAUAGUGCGGCAGUGCCACGCCUAACGCCCACAUUGAGUAGACGUUUGAAUGCGAGCGCGAAUCGGGAAAAUCAUGAGAACCGUGCGAAUCGUGAGAAUCGCGAGAAUCGCGAGAAUCUCGAGAAUCGUGAGAAUGUGCAAUGUGUUUACAAAAGUUUUGAUGAGCAACUAACGGAGCUGGCCAAGUUGUAUAGACAAAGUGGGCCGCUUAAAGUGAGCAAUAACAAUAACAAUAAUAAUUGCAGUGGUUUACAAGCGGAAACAAUAACAACAACAACAGCUACAGUAAAUACACCCACAACACCUACAACGCCUACAUCGGCAAAUAAACCACAGACGUCAACGCAUUUGUGGCAAAGCAACGAGUCUAUAGACUUUGUGACGCAUGCUUUUAUAAAUAGCAAGGAGCAUAAUCACAACCACAGCCACAACAGCAACAACCACAAUAGCAACAACAACCACAGUAACCACAGCGAUCAAAACAAAUUACCUGAGGACCUGCUGUCCAACUGCAGUGAUCAAACAAUUAUCAUACACAAUUUGGAUAACGAUAUCUCGCCAUCGGCGAGCUCUUCGACCCAAUCGUUGCACUCGCCACAUGGCCAUUCCGCAUCGUUGCAUAAUCUGAGUUGCACUGCACGUGGCGUGGGAAGUGGCGGUGGCAGCGGCAGCAGCUACUGCAUAAAUAAUUCAUUCUCGCCCUUGUCGGCAACAGCCCCUCAACUGAAACGCAUUCCGGCAAUACAAACGUUCGGCUAUAAUCCCCAUGUGCGCGCCGGCGACUUCGAGCGGGAGAAAGAGCACACAAUGGAAAAACGACGUAAUACGCUGGAUCGCUUUCAACGCCUGGGCUUCGGACGUAAAUCAUCGCCAGCGAGCAGCACGCCCGCCAGCGCAUCCGGUGCAGAGAAGCAGCGCAAAACUUCCGAGAGAUCGGAACGCCUCAAAGAACUGACCGAACUACUGCGCGGCAACGCACGCGCCACCACAACACCGACACCACCACCUGUGCCACCGCCACGAAAGCCACGCGCGCCACACAACUCGGCAGCGAGCAGCAUGGAACGGCAGGACACGAGCGCCAGUCAAACGUCAACGAGUGCCGACAUGGGCAGUAGCAACAACAACAACAACAACAAUGGACUUGCCACACGCAGCGGCAGCGUCAGCGUCAGCGCCAGCGCCAGCACACCCUCCACCGCAGCACGCAUUAUGGCCUCGCUAAAGCCAAACACAAGUCUCUCCAACCUGGAAGCUUUCAUGUUGGGCAAUCGUGAGAAGUCCAAAUCGCCGCCGCCAUCGUCGAUGCUGGCUACUUGCGAUGAGGCUGCAGCAGGCAGUAGCGAGUGGACCACGCAGCUGUCGAGACCGGAGGCGCGCAACGUCAGCUCCGGUUCGUAUGCUCAGACAAAGGGCAUACCGUUUCGUUCGCUUUCGUUCUCACACAUCGAUUACAAGUCCACGUUGUGUGCAUUGCGCGAUCGUUUGCGUCGCGACAAGGCCGUCGAUACAUCGAGUCCCACACAUUCGUUGCAUCUGGGCAAGGAGGAGAACAGCGAAGAGAGGGACAGAGAGCGUACACCCGAUCCGGGUUGGCGCCAUAUCCCGCUAAAAAAGGCUGAACUGUGCAUCAAUCUCAAUUACGGACAGGAGAAGUCGCUUGAACAUGUGCUUGAGAAUGUGCCGGACUCGAUAGCGGAAGAGGAUAUUUUCAAUACGGAUACCACCAGCAUUACAAGCAUUCUGCCCGCUACGGCAAGCAGCGUCAUGGCCGCUCACGCCAAAAUGGAGUCCCUCACCGACACCAUACAAUCGGAGAGCGAAUAUGGACUCGAUGAGGAGCAACUGCCACUCGUGGUGAAGACUCAAGAUCCACCGCUCAUUGUGGAACCGGAACUGGAAUCCUCGAUCACCCCACCCAGUCCGGCCGCAGAUAGCGAUAGCAACAGCGUUACAAACGCUCCAAAUCUGGCAACUUUAAUGGAGGAACAGUUGCCCCUUGAAUCGCCACCCGAUAAUUUGCUGCAGACGGCGACCACCUGCCUAAUACCUGUGCCUGUUUACGAGUGUGCCGCUCAAGAAUGGCUAGAGACUCCGGCUCAGGAGUGGGUUGAAGUAGCGCCCGAGGAAUUUGGAAUAGUGCCAGAAACCAUAGAACCUAUGGUUUCCCAUGCCGCAUGCAAAAUUUCGCAAACUUCACAGCUACGCAGCGAUCUAGUGCCCACGAUAUCGGUUAGUCGGAGCUCCGAGGAAGGUGAAGAGCGUGGCCAAGUGGAACAGCUACUCACACCUGAUGUCCAGCUGGCCACAGUUGCGUCCUCUUCCUCGCCCAUCAAUAACAACAAAUUAACACCUGAACGACGGCAGGUGUCGGCGCCUGUUGAGCAGCGCAAGCGUUACAGCCAUGACGAUUUGGACUUAACGAAUUUGGAGCUACGUAGCUCCCUAGAGGCCAUUGCGACGCCUCGACACAGCACAGAUGAGCGGCACAAGCGGCAUCUGGACAAGUCCACCAAACGCAAGGGCAUGUACAUAGAUAAUGCUGAUUGGCACUCGCCGGCGGUGCCCCAUCGUGGUCUGGCCCUGGAUAUAUCAAUUGCCAACUUUAACGCAAUUAAGCCCGAUUCGCCUGAUGGUUCGCAAAUGUAUAUUAAUAGCCCUGCGACUGAAGAUAUGCGCACUCCUAGUUCCUACUCCUUUGAGCUGAAUACACCGGAGCUAGAAAAGGGAUCGCCCUCGUGGGGUGGCGGUAAUGCCAGAGAUUCAAAGUCACAGUUGCUGAGCAGCUUUAGCUGUCAGAGCAGUGAGGACAAGGAUGAUGCCAGCAUUUGUGGUGGUGGUCCGAAGAGCUAUAGCUAUUUUCGCACCGAUUCCAACUCGGAUAAUGAGUGCGAACGUAAUUCUGGUUCCAGGGAACGCGUCAGUCCUAGUCCUACGCCUAGCGGAGAUUACGAUUAUAAGCGCUACUCCAAGCGCCCGCUAAGAGGUCCCUACGGCCAGAUGCUGGAGGCGGAAAUGAAGAAACCUAAUCGCAUGCACUUCGAAGAAAUUCUUGAAGAGCUACGCGAAACCGAUGGAUUAAGCUCACGUCGCCAGCGCGGCGUCGAUGACGCAACGCCCACGGGCAGUGUCGGAGGCGCGUCCACCCCACGCAGCAACCUGCCACAAUAUUCUAAUUCGAUGCGUGUGCGUAAGUCCAACACGUAUCUGCCGGUGCCAUCACAUGCACGUGCCGCCUCUACGCCUUCACAAAUCGAACAUGUCAGCAAGGUGUUGUCGUCAACGCCCACGUCGGCGUCUGCCAGGGACCUUCACGAGGCGACAUCAGGCAAGCAGCCGCAGCAUCCCCAACCGCAAAUGAAACGCGCGGCAUCCGAGGCACCCGCACCAAAAACGCAUCACAGCAAGCGCAGCCAAUCGAUGAGCAGCAAUGAAAAGUCAGGCGGCAAUCAUCAUCAUCAUGGCCAUCAUGGGCAUCAUCAUGCGCCCAAGCGCAGCCUCGAUGCCAAUGUCAACAACAAUAAUAAUAACAAUAACAGCAAGUCCAAGGCUGUCUCCGGCGCCAGCUCCGUUUCAAUGGAUGCAACGCCAAAUUUGAAGCCCACACCGGCCCUCCUAGCCGAACUGCUGAAGGGCUCCAGCGAGAACAUGCUCUCUGAGCAGCGACAGAAAAUGUUUGCGGACACACGCACUUAUGUGGUACAGGAAAUCUAUCGCAAUGAGCAAUCCUACGUGGAGGCCCUGCAAACUGUAGUAGUGCGCUACCUAAGGGUGUUGAAAUUACCCGAACAUGCUGGCAUGAUUGAUACGCGCACUGUAGAUGAAAUAUUCUUUAUGGUUCCCGAUAUGCUCGAAAUUCAUGAGAAAUUUUUGGCUCAAUUAAAGCAACGCUUGGAUGAUUGGGAUGCACAGCAGAAAGUGGGAGACGCCUUCAUGGAAACAUUCUCAAAGCUGGAAGUUUUGGAGGUAUAUACCUCUUUUGUGAACAAUUGCAAUCGUGCCAAGAAUCUUAUACGUACAAUGAAACAUCAGCGACCAUCGUUUGCCAAAUUUCUCGAGUCUACGUCACGUGAGCACAAAGGAAAGCUAACACUGGACAAUUUGUUGAUCAAGCCGGUCCAAAAGUUUCCCAACUUUGAGUUGCUAUUCACACGGCUCAUAAAGCACACCGAUCACGAUCACCCAGAUCAAAAACAUUUGCAAGAUGUACUGAAGCUGGUGCACGACAUUUUGGUGCACAUCAAUGGCAAGGAGCGGGAAAUUCUGGAGAAUGGGCAACGCGAGGCUACACUGCGCGAAUUGGAGGGUGUCAUUGAGGGCAUAACAGACUUGAUAGCACCCGAUCGCCAGUUCCUGUUGUUCGAUCUGGUUUCCAUGCCAUCUGGUCAAGGUGCGCGUAAGGAGCGCGGAUUCUUCCUGUUCAAUGAUCUCCUGGUCCUGACAAGCAUCAAGAAACGCAGCGGCACCAUUCGGAAGCCGAACAGCAGCACUUGUCCUGGCACUGUAGCCAGUACACUCGAUACUAACAAAUAUAAGUUCCUGACAAAAAUUUCAUUGGAUUGUCUAGAGAUUGUUAAGUCUAAGGAUGAGAACAUCAAACGCAUCGUUACUGAAAUUGAAAACUUGGCCGAGGACUGCAAUAAAUUGCAACAAAUCACCGAUAUAACGGUGUCAUUGAAGUUCCCGCAUCAGUAUCUUGAAGAUGUUAUACGUGAGUUGCAUCGCGAUGUGCAGCGUCAAUUAUCGGAACGUCAGACAAAUGACACGCAACUCAAUAUGCUCGAACUGACGGUCAGCUCAACCAAUGGCAGUCAAAAGUUGACGGUGGUCUUCAGCAAAACCGAAAAGCGCACCCAAUGGGAGGAGACGUUCAACGAAGCGAAACAGAAACUGGCCGCGACCAUGGAACGUCAUCCCAUACCCGAGUUUCUCACCUCCAUACCCAUACGUAAGACGCGAGCGGGCCUGCAAUUCACAUGUGCGGCGGCCACACUGAGCGACAAGCGCGACGUAUGGGUCUGCAACAGCGAUGGGUAUGUGGGCCAGGUGUGCAUCAUGUCCCUGCACCCCGAGCCGAAUGUCACCAGCUGCAAUGGUGUCUGCAAUGCUCGCAUUCUGUGUGUGGCUUCGGUGCCGGCGUACAGUGCGAGUGCGGCGAGCAGCAGCAGUGCUGGGGAACAGCAGGCGGCCGGAGGAGGACAGCCUCAGGGGACACAGCAUGUCUCACGCAGCACACCACAGCACAGUUACACACAGCAGUUGCGUGACUAUCGCAAGAGCAUCUCGCCCAGCUACCAGCCCGCUUCAGCAUCCUCAGCCACGGCCACGCCCGAGAAAAAGAAGACGCCCACUCCCACAGCGGGCAAUGGUGCAGGGGCUACCACCGCUGCCAACGCCAGUGCCACCGCCAACAGUGAUACACAAUUAGAUUUAAAUUUAAGCUCCAGCGAUGAUGAGACGGAUGCUGCAGCUGCUGCGGCGGCUGCUGCUGCUGCCGCUUCUAAUGCCGCCGGCACAAGCGGCAGCAGUGCUGGCAGCACCGGCAGCGCUCUGCUGGAACGUGUUCCCAGUCCCGCACCCUCAAUGCACGCCACCGGCGCUUACCAUGCGCAUCAAGACUCAAAUCCCGAGGAAGGCGAGUGUAAUCAAUCAACCAUGUGGAUUGGCACCGAAGAUGGCUGCAUUCAUGUCUACAACAGCACUGACAACAUUCGCAUUAAGAAGAAUCGCAUUAAGAUUGAACAUCACUCGGCUGUAUAUUCCAUUUUGUACCUGGACAAUCGCGUCUUUGUGUCUUUAGCAAACGGUGAUAUCUGUGUUUAUCUGCGAGAUGGCGCUUCAUCCUGGAAUACCUGCUCCUCACAUUGUCUCUCAAUUGGCACGGUCACGAGUCCUGUGACCAAGCUGCUCAACGUACACGGCAAGUUAUGGUGCUCCAUACAAGGCAUCAUUAAGGUUUUGGACAUUGAAACUCUGUCGGUUGUUAAUCAAAUACAAAUCUCAUCGGACUCGAAGCCAAUUACAAAUAUGACAGUAUCGAGCAAUUGUGUUUGGAUAUCUAUACAAAAUUCAGCAUAUAUUAAAUGUUUUCAUUCCACUACCCACCAGCUAAUUAUCGAAGUCAAUCUUGCACCCGCCGUUAGUAAAAUGCUGUCGAAUUGUGACGAGAUCAUUCGUCAGCAUAAGGCUGCCUGUCUGCGAGUGACCUCCUUGCUUUGUUGCAAGGAUCUCAUUUGGAUAGGCACCAGUGCAGGCGUACUGUUGACCAUACCGGCUCAGGGCUAUGAGAAGGGAGCCAUAAAUAUUGUACCCACUGGCAUACCGCAUGGCCAUACAGGCCAUGUGCGAUUCUUGACCUUUGUAGAGACCACAGGACUGGAGGGUAGCAGUACAACGCAGACAGCAUCGUCAUCUGCAUCAGCGUCAGCGGCGGCAGCAGGGCGGGAAAGCGGUGGCGGAACCAGUGACGAGUACACUAAACAAGGUUCCAUCAAACACUCCAAAUCGAAAUCGGAAACAAAUAACAUACUCAUCAUAUCCGGGGGCGAUGGCUACGAAGAUUUUCGCAAUUCCGGCGCCAAUUCGUUGAGCGAGAUCGCUGGACGCGAGGACAGCACCAAUCAUUUAUUAAUAUGGCAAAUUUGAAGCAGACGACGUAAAAAUCGCUGGCGGUUACUGCUUUCAAGAUGGAAAAACAACAACUGAGAUCGGCUCAAAUGGCCACGCGGUCAUCGACAAACCAACAACAACAAACACUACAACAGUUGUUAAACAGAACCAUUAUAGACACUAACCACAUACAAUACAAUCAGUAAACCAACCGACGACAUUCAGCAUACAUAUUUAAUAAACAAAUAAUGUAGCAAAGCAAAAUUUUGUGUCAAAUUGAAAGUAGACUGCCGUGAUUUUUAUGAGUUUAACGCGAAAAAACGAAAAGUAUAGCAUACCAAUAGGCGCACGCAAAUAACUGCGCCAGCAGCAUCGUUUACACGACUUGUUUGAAACAUGUGAGACAAGUAUUGAAGAAGUGUUUACACUCAUAGUGCUAGUUUUUUGCAUUAAUUAGCAUUUGCAGUUUUGAAAACAUUCUGAACAUUUUCACAUGAUUUUAACAAAUCGUGUAAACGAAGCCUGAACCCCUACUGUGCCACCACAGUUGUGAAUUCUAAGAAGUAUAUUAUAGAGGAUUGAGUAAAGAACAAAAUCCAGCGAGAAUCCGUGUACCUUUGUAUACCUAGCUCGACCUUAGAGUUGUGCAUAAACAUUUCAAAAGGAAAGAGUUCUUCAUAUACUAUACUUAUAAUACUGUAUUUAAACUGUAUAGUUAGUUAUGUGCAGAAACGUUUGUAUUUAAAACUGAAUUUGUGCCAAAUAUGUUUCCUGCGCCAAAACAACUCUGAGUAACAUUUUAAAUGUAACUCCAAAUUAUAUACAUACUUAUAUUUAUAAAGCCACUGUCCCCAGUGACAGAGCUAAUCUGAAAGAGCGACUAUUUUCCAAAACAUACCUACGUAUGUACUUAGUGUAAUGAAUAUUUUUGUAUUUGUAAAUCAGAUAUAUACGAUAUAUGUAUAUGUAUGUGCAGGCUAAAUUUAAGUUGUAACAUCUAAUGGAAGCGUAAACGUAAACAAAAAUUUAUUGAAAACAAAAACAAAACAAACUUAAAGAUGAAGAUGGAGAAGGAAACCCUAAAUCGUAAAUGUUAAAACUAUUUUUCAAAUAAAAUUGAACAAUAAUUAAAUAUAUUUAUAUAUGGCCUAUGUACAAUAUGAUACUAAAGUGUUAGAAUUAUCGUUAAUGAAUGCAUAUUAAAUAAUAAAUAUAUACAUUAUGGAAAUUUGUAAUUAUAAAUAUUUUAUUCAUGAGUCUUAAGCAGUACACUUACAUUACAUUUCUCAUAUGGAAUAAAAACAAAUAUAUACUAUAUAUAUACGGAUUGCAAUUAAAAUUGUUGUAAAAAUUAAAUAAUAUCAACCCCUAAACUAUAUGUGAACCUCAACAAAACUAAGAUAAUAAAAUGAAUAAUAAAAUUAAUGGAAUCCCAAUUGAAGUGACAAAUCGAUUAAAGAACAUAAUAAAUAAAUCCAAAAACAUA